GGGUUUUCCAGUAAAGGGAGAAAGAGUGUAAGAGAAAGAUGUCUGGGACCAGCUAGCAAGCUAGCUAUAAAUCACAGAAAUAUACUAGGGACAAAAAAUCCGUGUUUGAGAUCAGACGUAAACACACGUAGCUGGCCAGCCAUUUAUAUAACGAAGAGUUGCAUCUUUGUGUCUAAUUUUGAUGCCACACUAAGUUGGACCUGUCAUGCAGAUGUCGUUAGCAGGCUACUGUUUGUUAUCUAGCGAGCUACUAUCGAACAAGCUAGCUAUAACUAACUGGCUAUGAACUGCAAAAGGCCGACAGGUAGCUUGCUAGUCAGCUAGCAAGCUAGCGAACUUGCUACGUUGAUUUGAAUAAAUAGUGAUUAGCUGGCAUCAAGGAAAAAAAUCGCCGAGACACAUUGUUUCCUUGAUUCUUAGCUUCUAGGUAGUUAGAUAUUAUUGUUAAUCAGUGUUUGUUCCUUAGGCAACAUUAGCUUGAGAUAUUGGAUAUUUUCUCUUAACACCUUCUCGUUACUUCCCAUCGAUGUUGUUAUCGAAGACUAGAGAGUCGCAGUCUUCGUUAGAGACAAGCUGUGCAAGUGUGCGCGUGCAGACAGACACUGAGCUGAGACUGUGAGGCAGCAGCACCGUGUGCAGAGAGGGACAGGAUGCCGAUUCCUCCCCCUCCCCCUCCCCCUCCACCCCCCGGGGGACCCCCACCACCUCCCACAUUCAGCCAGGCAAACACCACCCCGCCCAAGCUGAGCCGAGAUGAGGCAAAAGGGCGAGGAGCCCUGCUGUCUGACAUAUGCAAAGGGGCCAAACUGAAGAAGGUCACGGUGGUCAAUGAUAGAAGUGCACCUGUCAUAGAGAAGCCAAAAGGAGGCGGCGGUGGCGGCGGCGGUGGUGGCAGUUUUGGAGGCGGAUCUGGGGCCAUGCAGCCAAUGGGAGGUCUAUUCCAAGGGGGUGUGCCUAAGCUCCGACCAGUUGGAGAUGGCUCAGUGGGCAGAUCAGCACUACACCCACCAGGCUCCCGCCCCGCAGCCCCUCGGCCCCCUACCAGCUCCUCCUCCUCGGGUUCGGGACGCCACGCAGACAAUGACAGCUCCAGCCUGCGUGCCUCCCCCCCGGAGGCAGCCCGCUCUCACCGGCCCUCCCUCCCUGACAUCACCAGGCCUUCCAGCACUGGAGGCUCCUCUGGGGGCAUGAAGCACAGCUCCUCGGCCCCACCCCCACCCCCACCCAUCAACCGGCGCGGUAAUGCCCCACCGGCCCCCCAUCAGAAGGCCGCCGCACCUUCCUACAACCGAGAGAAGCCCCUCCCACCCACCCCCGGGCACAGAGGGCCCCCACCACCUGUUACUGGCCGUGACAGCGCUCCACCCCCACCAGUCAAACCUCCCCCGUCCCCUCUCAACACCCCUCGCCCAGCCACUGGAGGGGGCUCCUCCUCCUCCUCCUCCUCACUGGCCCCUCCUCCACCUCCUUACCGCCAGCCCCUCGGAGCAUCCAACGGCCCCUCCAGCCCUGUCAACGAAGCAGCCCCUGAGCUGCCCCAGAGGCACAACUCCCUGCACAAAAAGAUCCCCUCAAACAGCCACACCCCUGCACGAGCCCAUGCGCCACCGCCCCCACCCUCCCCAUCUCCACAGGCUGGCCGGCCCCCGCCUCCAGCACGGGACCCCCCUGGACGUGGAGCAGUAGCUCCCAUGGUUCCUCCCCCAAUGCUUCGGAACGGUGGACGGGAUGCUCCUCCCCCACCACCGCCUUACAGGAUGCACAGUGCUGUGACCCACACUUCCUCUGAGCCCCACACCCGAGGGAAGCCUCCGCCGCCCCCCUCCCGGACCCCUGCUGGACCCCCUCCGCCUCCUCCACCCAUUCGCAAUGGACACACCUCCCUUUCCAAGUCCUUAGAUGAUUUUGAGUCCAAGUACUCCUUCCACCCUGUGGAGGACUUUCCACCCCCUGAGGAAUAUAGAAAUUUCCAAAAAAUCUACCCCAGCAAAACUAACAGAGCGGUGCGGGGAGCCCCUCCUUUGCCACCUGUGGGAAGGUGAACACUGUGAGCCAUGUAUAGGAGACAAGGGUUACACAUACUUACACACUUAUACACACAUACACACAGUCACAUACUCUCACACUCACACACACACACAAGUUAUGACCAGCCUGCACCAAAUCUCCCCCCUCAGAAUUGAAUAGCCAACCCCCAGUACCAAACCCUUUCGGACCAGAGCCAGACACCAGGACCAGAGACCAAAUCAGACACUAGUUUGGUGUCUCACAAUCAGACACCAAACCAUCACUCGGCCAGUGCAGGAGCCACUGCUUGACCAGUCCAUUUGUGUGAUGUGGAAGCAGUCAGGGGGUCCCAGAAGAUGAUCAGGCAGGCAAAAUCUUACCGGUCAGCACAAGACAAGGUUACGCAUUCCAUCUCCUUUUUACAUGCAGGAAAUUCAACAUGGGGAGAAAUAAAAGCCAAGUUUUUUUUUCCUUUUCUGUUGAAUAUUUGUUUAUGUAGGCACAAGAAGUAACAGUAAGUCAUGUUCAGGACCAUGGGAGGUGAAAAGGGGAGAGCUGACUCUCCUGGCACCCCCCAGCCAAUGUCCAGUCAUCCCUGGGGCAGGUGGGUACACAGCCUUGGGACUGGAAACUAGUGCCAUUUUUAUUGUGAGGUUGAAAAUAGCCUUCAGCAGUCCCCUGGAAACCCCUAGGUAGACUGUUGGGGUCCUGUUUAGUCAGACUCUAAUGCACCAUCGUCCCAGCACAGUUCUCUUUUCUUUUUUAAGAUUUGUCUUUGCAUAUUUUGCAUCUUUGCAUGCUAGGCCCAGUCCCAAAUUCUUUUAUUAACACUAUGGUAGGAAACAAAAGGAUGUAAGUCACCGUUGAUGAGGAUGCAGAACAUAUAGCAAUAGUGACCGUCUCUCAGUUGUUGCGUGGACACCAAACCUGCCAGCGCAAACAUCUUGAAAUGACUGUGCACUCUGCCUGGGACAUGACAGAAGAUUGGUUUCCUUUGACAAAGACACGUGUUUUCAGAGAUGCCCAUUAUGCUGGUUCCAGAAUGGAAAAGCAUGGAAAGAGACUCCUUGUUAAGGUUUUCGCUAAAGUGCCAAUCACAGGGUGAAUGGGGUGGAACUAGCCUCUCCCUUCUGUGGCUGGAACAAACUAAAUGUCUCCCCCCCUCACCACCACCCUCUAGAGUGGCUCACAGUUACCUAGCUGAAAUAGGACAAAGCAGAUGAUGUAUUUGUCCUUGGGGCUGGACCAUGGUAUACAGUGUGUGCGUGUGUGCAUGCAUGCGUGUGUGUGUGUGCAUACGGGGGAGGGGUGACUGGGGGGUGACCUUAAGUGCUAAGGUGCUGACUGUAGUUGGUUCCUUGACUUCACAUUCCGUGACAGUCUUGUCGUUUGUUUGUCUCACUAAAGUCUUCCCUGUGGUCUGUAUGGUGGCGCUAGCUCCACAUUCCCCCGUCCAGAUCUUCCCUGCUCACAAGCAAUAGGAGCAUGCAUCCAUCAUCUGUUUGAACUUGUUUGACAAGUUGUCAUGGAGGAGAACCUACCUUGCUGUACUCAGGGGAAAGAGGAGACCCCUCUUCUCUCCUCCCUCUGCCCCUCCUCCACCCAACCCCCACUGCUGUCAUCUUUUCUGCGCUUAUGCCACCCCAGCCCCACCUUUCUCUCUCUGACAAGCUGUUAUUUACCUUUUGAUCCAGUUGCUUGCUCCCUUCAUUACAAGGAAUAACAAGUACAACUGUAUGAGCCCAGUGGCUGGAUGCAUCUACAUUUGAAAGUGCAGGUCUCGACCCAGUGAUGCCACUUCGAUGUUUGGACGAGCAUCACAAUUUAGGAUGGAAGCCCCCUGGUUGCAACAUUUUUGGGGUUGACUGUAGUCAGAUGAUUGCCUAUUUUGCAUGCUUGUGGAAUGCUAUUGGUCAAUGUGUAUUUAAGGAGGUUAUUUGAAGAGCUUUGUUUUUAGUGGCCUCUACAGUAACAGGAAGACACAGGGGUGUAUGUGAUGGGUAUUUUUUAUGGUGACAUUGGACUGCCUAUUGAAAAAUGGAAGAUUUUUAUUUGACACAUUGUAUGUUUUAAAACUUGUACACCUGUUUUAUUUUGUCAUUGAUACAAUCCCAAUAUCUUUCAGAUGGCAAAAAGCCAGUCAGUUUUAAUAGUAUGUUAGUACUGCCUCUUUGAGCAAUGAUAUAAAGCUGUGGCCUUCCCAAGCAAAGACGUGUUGAUUGGGUUGCCAGCAGGUUGGAGUUCAGCUGUACACGCAGAGUGACUGAAAGCAUUAUUUUAGCAUCAGGUAAUAUAGAUGUUUAUGAAACUUUUUAUCUACUGACUUUGUCAACAAAAGACAGGCUGAACAUGAAUCAUUUACACUGCACUCCUCUGCCGGAGACUGUCACUGCUUUGUAACUUUACAGGUCUGCAAGUUCACUACAGCAUCAGACAAGGCACUGAUGAGGUUAAAAUAACACUAAGCUUCAAACUGACUUUCAUCAUUCACUACAGUAAUAGUGUCCAUUCCCAUGAGGCACUCCUGCCUUACCAUUUUUUAAUUAAAAAAGCCCACAAGAGUUCUCACACAGUAACUCCUCAAACGACCACUUACAGCUGUUCCUGUUUCAAGCACACUGUGUCCUCUCAUUUGUGUCCAAUAAACUUUUAUUACGUGUCUGAAAUUGGAUAGUGAGGAGAAGAAUCACGUUCAGCACACUGCUAUGCAAGGAGACGUUAUGUGUAUGUCCACUUUGGUAUCUUCAAUCUCAACUGUAGAGAAUUGACCAAAAAAUUGAUGCAUCUACAAAAAGUGCCAGUGAACCAUUCUGCUGAGUUGGUUCCUCUGUGUCCUCACUGUGUGUGAACUUAAACUUGAAUUUUUUUCCCUAACUACGGCCCAGCUAAUACAUAAUAUUCUCUUAACCUUGUUAUGCAGCAGUGUAAUGAUGUUGCUAAAAUAUGACACGAGAAUGUUGUGUUCCUUUGGAAUUCCGCAUAGCCCUGCUUCCCCAUCCUUACUCUCAGUGGGUUCCCUCUAGCUGGUCUUUUGCCUUAUACACAGCUAUUGUCGUACUUAUCGGUACAAGUAAAUUUGUUUAAAAAAAGACAAUGAGAAAUAAUGUAUAUUUACAAUAAGUAUGGGAAAUAAGGUAAUUAUAGCUAUCAAUCUAUUUUUGUUGUAAAAAGCUUGUAAUAUAGGAAACAAAAUGAGGAGGAAAAAAAACAAAACAGGUGUGGGCUUUGUUGGAAGCCAGAGACAAAUUGUUAGCCAGCUCUCUGUACUGUAUAUCUUUGUCUGUAUGUCUCACCACAGACUUGUAUGGCUGUGAUAACAGGAGCUGCUUUUACUUACAUUGUGGGGUCUUCUGUCUCUGUUUCCAUGACUUCUCUCACCCCCUCCAUGCUUAACCAAGAUAUCUGUUCUCUCACUUUUACCUGUCCAUCGGCCAUGUUUCACCACUUCAAAUAAUAAAAACAAGU